UCAGUAAUGAGGACGUUCAUACAUCGUCGUAGAUUCGUUCGCGCGUGUUUAUGUUUUCCAUAGAAGAAAAUUCGAUUCUUCCGAAACAUUACAAAUUAUCACAACAAACGCAAUUCAUUCGAUAUCACGAUCAAAUCGAAUUUUAGCAAAUGUAUUAUAUGUUUUCGCGCAAAAAUUACUCUCAAAAAAUUAGUUGAAAGAAAAGAAGAAACGCAUUUCAAUUCAAACAGUGUCGACGAAAUAUUUUUAUGAAGCGGUUAAAUUGCACAAGUGAAUAAAAAUUGCAGCAAGUGUGUUCUUGUUGAUCUCAUCCCCAUCAUCCAAGUGUAGUGCACUGAAUCUGCAUAAUAAAUAUUGUGAUCGAAAAACAUUGACAUAGUGCUUGUGUUGUACAUUAAUUUUUGGUUUAAUCCAAAAAAAAAAAAAAAAUAAAAAUAAAAUGAACCAAAACCGAAGAAAAAGAAAAAAUCAUACAUUUGAAUAAAUUUCCACACUCGUUUUGAUUGUUGCGCAUGGUGCGAAAAUCGGUCACACUGAAUAAGUCAAAUGAUUUGAUUAAGCGUGGUGUUAGUGCGUAAAAAUUGCAUUUCCCAAAUUUUCGCCGAUUUCUCGCUCACUCAAUGUGCAUUUGUUUGACACACACGAUGUGCAACAGCAGAGCAAAUUCAGCUAAAUAAUUUUUUGCGUGUUCACAACAUUUUUUCACCCCGGUAACAUUGAUUAUUGUGUUCAUUCAUAAUUUAUUCCGUGUAAAAGUAAAUCACACGUGGAUAUGUGACAGAACCAACCAAAUAUUGAGCGAGAGAAGAAGAAAAAAGUUGAAAAAAAAAAUUGUGAUUGAAAAAAAAUAGGCACAGUGUUUGAAAACAUCAUAGUGUGUUUUGCCAGCAGUACAGCAUUUGACAGAGAUUAUUUGAUUUGCAUUUAAAAGCUGGAUGAAAAAAAAUAUAAGCGUUUUGUGUCAUAAAUAGAAAUUCGAGUGAAUGGAAGAAGUACAAUAGGAAAAAUCGAAUACAAAGUUAAAUGAAAAGAGUGUAUCAUCAAAUUGAAAACCAACCCAAACAUACCGAUUUUGGAGAAUCGUCAAACAGUUCGUGUUUAAAUCAUACAACAACAAGUGCGAAUUGAAUUUAAUUCUUACGGAAAUCAAAAUAUUCCCAGUGAAAAUGAAAAACGAUUGAAAAUUCAACCAGCUCUAUAUGCUUAUCCAGAACUGGGCGAUCUUAUUGGUGACCAUUGAGUACAGUAAUAUGGUUAAAAAUUGAUUAAGUGAAAAACAUGAAAGGUCACGAUCAAAUCAACGUUUAAAUACGGAAAAUUUCGACAAGAAAUUAAAAAAGAGAAAAUAAUCAUACUCGGAAAAAUAGACUCUACAAUCAACUCAACAACAUUGACUGAAAAUUUAGUGUAUUAAAAAAAGGCAAAAUUGAUGAAAAAAAGGGGAUAAGGCUCACCUAUAGAUAUUAAUAUCAAGGUCAUAAUCAUCAUUAUUUCUUUGGGGCUUUUACGUUCUCAACAAACCAAUAACAACAACAACAAAAUGAUGUCGCAACAAAGGAGCUUACACACACUACUCUACACAGUGCUAACAGCAAUGAUUGUCGCGCAAACAAGUGCGGCACAGCAACAAAAAUUCAAAGUAACGCCACAUGAUUUACAAGUGCUGGAAGGUUCGGAGGCAGUUCUUCGCUGUGAAGUAUCAAAUUUAGCUGGACAGGUGCAAUGGACAAAGGACGGUUUUGCAUUAGGCUUUUCGGCUGUAAUACCCGGCUUUCCGAGAUACUCUGUGCUGGGUGACCGUUCGCAGGGCGUAUACAAUUUGCGUAUAUCAAAUGCGUCACUGGAAGAUGAUGCCGAAUAUCAGUGUCAAGUUGGACCAGCCAAAUUUAAUUCAGCCAUUCGCGCCAAUGCUAAAUUAACUGUGAUAUCUCCACCGUCAAAUAUUGAAAUCCAAGGUUAUGGGCCCAACUCCAAAGUGGAGGUGCGCGAAAAUCAAGAUUUAACACUCACCUGUAUCGUAUCGGACGCCAAACCGGCCGCUCAAAUUCAAUGGUUUCGAAAUAAUAUGGAAAUGAAAACAGAUCGCCGUGACGAUAAAGUAAUCGAAUCAAAUAAACGAUUUACAACGACAUCACGUCUACAACUAUCACCAACACCUGAGGAAGAUUACGUGGAAUACUCGUGUCAAGCAAAGCAUAAAGCUCUACAGCCCGAUAUGCCAAUGAGAGCCACCGUUCAACUAUCGGUUCUAUAUCCGCCCGGAGCACCAUACAUCGAAGGAUACACGACUGGCGAAACGUUGCGUCGUGGUCAAAAUGUGGAACUAGUUUGUAAAAGUCGCGGCGGAAAUCCACCAGCACAAUUGAUUUGGUAUAAGAACGGUGUUCAAGUUCGCAUGGCCUACAGGACCUCGGGGAGAAUAUCGGAAAAUGUAUACUCGUUUACAGCUGAGGCUAAUGACAAUAAAGCACGUUUCCGUUGCGAAGCCAGCAAUAUUAUGUCACAAACACCACUGAAAGCUGAAGUUGAUUUAACCGUUAUGUUUGCACCAACUCAUGUGACUAUAACUGGCGCAACCGAAGCUCGAGUUGGUGACGUUGUGCCACUACAAUGUACAACGGCACCAUCAAAUCCACCGGCUGAAAUAAAAUGGAUGGUUGCUGGGAAACAAAUACGGAAUGCUACUUCAAAAACAGUUGUUUCACCUGAAGGCGGCUGGGUGACCACAUCCAACAUAACGGCACUGGUUGAGCCAAACAAGCGAUCAUUAGUGGUAAUAUGUCAUGGGCUAAAUAUGCAACUCACCGAAAAUGUGGUAUCAACGCAUACCGUGAAUGUUUUAUAUCCACCAUCCGCACCAAUAAUAUCUGGUUAUGUCGAGGGUUCAAUUAUACCCGCGGGAUCUAUACAAAAGUUAGUUUGUAUAUCGUCUGGUGGCAACCCGUUAGCAACGUUAACAUGGUACAAGAAUGAUAAAAAGAUAAAUUCGGUGGCGAAAACAAGCGAUAAAUCCGUUUCGGCUGAACUCACCAUUUUAGCAAAUGUCACCGACAAUCAGGCGAUUUAUAAAUGCGAAGCGCAUAAUAGUGCCACUGAAAUUCCAUUAUUCGAGACGAAAACACUCAGCGUUCACUUUGCUCCGGAAACCGUUAAAAUACGUGUCGAACCAACUGAACUGGUACCAGGUGUGGAAGCAACACUCAUUUGUGAUUCAAGCUCGAGCAAUCCGCCGGCCAAAUUGAGUUGGUGGAAGGAAGGUAUACCCGUUGAAGGCAUAAACAAUGCAUCGAAACCAGGAUUGUGGGGUGGCACCGUUUCGUCGCUCGAAUUGAAAGUCAAUGUGACACAGGAAAUGAAUGGUAUUGUGUACACGUGUCAAAGUAAUAAUGAGGCAUUACAACGUAGCGUUCAUGAAGCACAGUCACUUCAAGUUCUAUUUCCACCAAAAUUCGUGCCACCACCAUCGUACACGGUUGUCGGAAUCGAGGGAGAAGCACUGCAAGUCGCUAUGCAAGCAAAUGCAAACCCAACGUCAAUCAGCUACACUUGGAUGAAAGAUGGCUCACCCAUUUUGAACAAUGGCAACAGCAUCGAACGCAUCGUAUCAGAUGGUGCUGUUUUGAAUAUCACCAAAUUAACUCGUAACGAUGCCGGCAUUUACACCUGCAAAGCAGUCAACUCACAAGGAUCGGCCACAAUGAACAUCACCGUUAUCGUUGAAUACGGAACAACAAUUAAGGCAGUUUCAGAGAAUAUUGUUGCAAAUCCAGGUGAUGAUGCAACACUAUCAUGUACCAUCGAAGGCAAACCACUGAGCGAAGAGCAUGUGCGCUGGGAACGAUUGGGCUAUGAAGAGAAAAUGAACGAGAAAACUACGAAAACCUUUGUCAAUGGCACUUCAUAUUUGCAGAUAAAAAAUGUACGACGUGAGGAUGUCGGCAAUUUCCGUUGUGUCGCCGAUAAUCGUGUGGCGAAUCCAACAAGUCGAGACGUUUUACUCAUUGUCAAAUUUGCACCUGAAAUCGAUAAAACAAUUUUGCGUGCGGCGAGCGGCGAAAAUGAACGUGGUCGAUUGCCAUGCCGUGCACAGGCGGCCCCAACGCCAAAGUUCAUGUGGACAUUCAAAGGUCAAAAUUUGAAUGUGAAUAAAACAUGGAAAUACAAUGUUGAACUGAAACAAAUUGAUGCGCUGACCUUUGAAUCGACGCUGCUGAUCGAAAAAGUGGGCAAAACAGAUUAUGGUGAUUAUGAGUGCAUGGCGCGUAAUGAAUUAGGAUCAUCAAAAGAGAUUGUCAAAUUGGAGGUAACAUCCAAGCCCGACACACCGCUCAGCCUCAAUAUAUUGAAUACAACACAUGAUUCGGUGACGGUGGCAUGGACGCCCGGCUUUGAUGGCGGUAUGAAAGCCAGCUAUCGUGUACGCUACCGUGAAAUGAACAGUGAACAUUACAAAUACGAGGAUGGAUUACCAAAUAGUCACAAAUUAACAAUUACCGGCCUCAAAAUGAAUACGGUGUAUUUGUUUUCGGUGAUGGCAUCAAAUCAAUUGGGAAACAGCAACUACUUACCGGAUCUGACGAGAGCGCAAACUAAAGAUGCACCGCCGACAGGUCAACCGGCAUCAUCACUCGGUGGACCGCCAACAACGAGUACAACACCAACGCAUGCUAUCUCGGGCACAUUACUGAUUGUCGGCAUUGCGUCUGGCACAUCAUUAGUGUUAAUUAACAUACUUAUAAUCGGAUGUUGUCUUCACAAACGCAAUACCAAACAAAUCAAACGAGGAAAUGAUGUAUUACCGGCUGAAUUAUUGGAAAAAGCUGAAAUGCCAAAAGUGGUGUUUAUCGGAUUUGGAUUGGCCGCAUUACUCUGCUUGCUUUUGGGCAAUGCAGCACUGUUUGCAUGGUUUAUUAUUCGAAAACGUUCAAAAGAAGCUUCGAAUCAGAACAGUAAAUCGGCCACCAUUGAAAUGUAUGCACCGAGCUCAUACAACGAUACAGUAACCGGUGAAACGCUGUCAAGUGUAUCGGAGAAAAGUGAUUCAUAUUCGAAUGAAGGAAGUCAACCCGAUUAUAUGGAUGAAACUCGUAAAAAGGCUGCAUCAACGUAUUUGGUAGAAAAUUCGGAUAUUCCACCACCCCGUUAUCAAAAGGAUGGCACAUUGCCCAUGAAUUAUCCAAAUAAUACUGCAAACUCAGUGAAUACGCGGACAUUGCCACAUCCACGGCACAAUAGCCACGUUAUCGAUCCAAGAGCACGCGACGAUCAAAUGCUUGGCAAAGGAUACAUGCCAUCACCAUCACCAGCAUUGCCAUUGGACGGAUCUUACUAUAACAUGAACAGCGAUCGUUAUUUAUCGUAUCCACCAAUGGAUUAUCCAAAUGUGGAAUUUUCAACGCCACCAUUACAAAUGACUCACAUAAUGCCAAUAAAUGGUACGAUUAUGAAUGCGGGCGGCGGAACAUUACGACGUGGUAUGCGCGCCAUGGUACCACCGCCGGAUGUAACGCAUCACACAACAAACCAUUCAAAGUCCACACACGAUCUAAACAAUUCGAUGAAUCAAAAUGUUUCACAGCAAACACUAAAUAAUCAUAGUAAUAAGUCAUCCCAAUUAUCAUCAAACAACAGUAGCAUGACCACAUCAACGAAACAACCACCGGGUAUUUUAAAAGAUCCUAAUCGUAAGCAACAGCAACAGCAGCAGCAGCAACAACAACAACAACAACAACAGCAGCAACAGCAAAUGCUUGCCCAUCCAAAUAUGCAAAUAUUGAAUGUGCAAAAUGCGCCCGGCAUCGGCAACAGCUUGUUGAUGACCAGCAGCGGUAGCACAAUCGGCGUUGCCACCUACGAACCAAAUCCGCAUAAUUUAAGUUCAUUCAACGCUUCAAUGGGCUAUACAGAUGCUGACGGUCAUCUCGUGUGAAUAUUUCACUAAAUUUAAUUUUAAAAUUAAAAUGUUAUUGCUUUAGAUAAAAGAAGAAUGAACACAAACCCAACAAACCGAUUAAAAAUGAAAUAGCCAACGUGCGUGGUACGCUUGAUAGCAAAACACGAAACAUUACAAAGAUACGUAUUUAAGAACAAAAACAAAAUAUAUUUGUGAGAUUAAGUGGGACAACAAGAAAUUGAGAAAGUUUGCGCCAACAAACAAUGUUGCUUGAGUGCGAACACGUCGGAGUCAACCGACAUUCAUAUAUACAUCGAACGAUUUCAGUUGAAUUAUUAUAAAAAACAAAA